AUGACACUAAAGAAGAGAAUAACCGAGACAAUUUUUUACACAAAAGAAAAUGUCAAACGCAUACGCGUACAGUCAGUAAAAUUUCCAUCAAUAAAUUUCAAUGCGAUUAAAUUUCAUUUGCCUACACGUGGCACGAGAGAUGACUAUAUGUACGAUGGAACAUUUCAUGAAGCUGUUGGGAGCAUCCUUGCUGUUGCACAGCUGUUUGGUGAGCAUCUUUUAUCGAUAACAGUUGGAGCACAUGGCGCAAACAAUUGUCCAACGAUAAAGGAUCCCAUUAAGGCAUUUUUCGUUCGAAAUUAUCCACAAGUAUGGCUCAUUUUUCCGUACAGCGGUUGGUUGAGUUCAUUGACAAAAUUCCUUAACAUUAUUUUGACGUUUGCAUGGAGCUACACAGACUUGUUUGUCAUCAUCAUUAGCAUUGGAUUAACGUCUAAAUUUGAUCAACUGAAUGAUGAAUUGCGAAAGAUGAAGGGAAAGCGAGGAAUUAGACCAGACCAAAAACCAACAUUUGCUCAUACAUUUUACUUCUGGAUAUCAUUAUCUUAUCUAAUUGGAAGAACAUUAGCAGUGUCUCUAUAUUCAGCUGGCAUCAAUGAUGCAUCGAAGAAGCCACUCGAAGUUUUUCGAUCCGUUUGUCGUGAAGACUGGUGUGUUGAAGUGAAAAGAUUCAAUGAGGAAGUUGCACACGAUACAAUUGCAUUAUCUGGAAUGAAAUUCUUUUAUCUGACACGAAAACUUGUAUUAUCUGUUGCUGGGACGAUUGUGUAA